CUCGAGAGUGAACCUGAUUUUAGGUUACAACAUUAUGCAAUCCAAGCUUUAUUCCUCACGAAAUUAGCUUAUACAACAGAUUAAAAAAGCACACAGAUAACAAAAUCAGCAGCGUCGAGAAUGCCUGAGUACAGCAGCAGUGGUAGUAUUAACAGUGACAGUACAUUUCCAUCCACGAAUAGCAAUAAAAGUAAAGACCGUAAUCCUACUUGUAAAAACACCGUUAGAAAUAGCAACAACGGCCUUCAUGACGGAUUAUGGUCUUUUAACAAACAACAACAUCAUACGAAUCAAGGUUUAUUUGUUGGCGAUGAGUCUAUCGAAAUUGAAAAAACGAGUGAUAUGAUAGAAGAAGAAAGCACGGACGAUAGCAAUGAAGAAAAUGAAGACAAAUAUGUGGAUGAUGAAGACGAGUAUUCUGUUUCCUCGCCUUCUUUUCUGCGAAAUAGCAACAGCAUUUAUGGUAGCAGCAGUAGUAGUGCUGCUCUCUCAAAACGAGAAGAAGAAGAAGAAGAUAAUGAGGAUGGAAAUGAAAGCGAUGUGGAAGCAGAGAACGAAUCUAAAAAUAUCAAGACUACACCACACGCUCACCCUUAUGACGGAUACUUUGAUCAUCCUAUCUUGUACAGAGUAUUGUUCAUGGGGUCUAUCAGCGCUAAAAAGAAGGAAGACCUCUUGAAAAAGUUGACGCAAGGCCUUAUCUACGUCCUUCAUGACACGAAAAGUCCUCAAAGCAGCAAGAAAAAGAAACGGCCGAGCUCUGUAAAGUCCCAAAACGACCUUCAAGGAGGCAACGCAUUAGUGUCGGCAUUUGAGGAAACGAAAUACAACAUUGCAUUUCUUUCUGAUCCUUUGGAGCCCAUCAUCACACAGCAGCAGUCGGACCAUCCAUUCCAUAUACCAGCCAUAUCAUCACCAGCACCUCCGCAACAAAAAGAGUCCUUCUUUUUGAGAGAUAUGGGUGUUUCUUUGAUUGAAGCUGACUUUACUUGGGGAGCUUAUCAAACGUCUUCCGCAGCAGCAUCUAACGCAGCAGGGGGUCUGCAACAAGACCAAGAGAAGGAAGAAGAAAGGCGACUGUCUGAGCUGCGAUAUCUGCUCCUUCAGUACGCGUCGCAUCAAUGUCCCCAUCCAUCAGAUAUACCUGCUACAGCCUAUCUGAAAGACCUACUAGCAACCGCUGUAUCCAAAUAUAAUCAUGUCAGUUUGACAAUGCGCCCCGAGAAAACACCUAAUGGCAUCGAUCUAUGUAUUUAUAUCUAUGAAGGGCAAUCACCAGCCCACUCGCUUCCGAACGCAGCAAGCAGUCAUAGUAGUAACGGUGCACAUAGUCAUGCCAAUGCAGCCACAGAACGACAUUCUCAGCGUCUACUGUUAGAAGAGUAUGAUAAAAGAGUCAGGAAAGAAUUGGAGGUUUUAUGCAUCUUACGCAAAUUCGGCAUUUAUGUAUUACCACUGACUGUCUACCGGGAUGAAAGGAUGAAAAAGCAUUUUGCCGACUUGCUGACGCAGUAUAAAGUGAGGUGUCUUGAUUUAAGUAAUUUGGAUGUCGGGCAACCACCCUCCUUCAAAAGAGCUAGUUUCGAAGCCCCUGCCACUGCCGGAAAAGAUGGCAACAGCACAGAUAAGCGACGAAGGAGCAAAAAUGAGCUAGAACUAUCGCAGUUAGACCGUUUAAGUAAAUUACAGUCUAUGGAAUGCUUACAGUUUAAUGAACCACGUGUGGCUACAUACCAGAUCUUGACUGUGGAUCAGUUCUGUGCCAUUAAUGAUGGGUCAAUCUUUGAAUUAUUGAAACGAACAAGAGAACGACAGGUGUUGUUGAAAGAAGAAGAAUAUCUUUCAAAACUGCAGCAAAAAGAACAGCAACAACUACAAAAGGGUAAAGGAAAACUGAGGAACAGCCAUCUUGGUAGUCGUCGUCGUCGUCGUAGUAAUAGUAGUAGUAGUAGUAGUCGUAGUGCUAGUCAAACAGAUACAGCAUCAACCCUAAGAAGAAGAAGAAGAAAAAAUGGGAAGGCUAGUCAAAGAGAUAAGAGCGUUGUGGAUGAGAAUGUACCAUCUGCUACCAAAAAGGAGCAGCAGUUACGAACAAGACUAGGCAACGGAAAACGAGAACUGCUACAUACUACGCAUAUCAACUUUAAACAUGGAUGGUAUGUUGACUGCUAUCAGUUUUGUAAAGCCAUGACCUUUCUCUUUGGCUGUGGACUCUUGAUUUACUACACUCUCAAGUAUAUCAAAGAGUCUCAUCAUUGGACCGCUCAAUUUGAGCUGGUACGGUUUCCCUGUGCAUCGGACGUGCUACCCUUUGAAAACUCACUCUGUUUAGAGGAUACUGACAGCAAGGACGGUGAUGAGAUACAUGCCAACCCUUUCUUUCAUUUUAUUGUGACUACACGAAAUCCGAAAAGAGAACUCGAUUGGGCAUCUACUGAACCCCGAGUUCUAUUAUUAUUACCAGAUGAUCAGCAGCAUCAAUUGAUACCCAUCCGAAAAGUAGAUGAUAGACCUGGUUAUUAUAUACUUGAUUCAUCUAUAUUAAUGCAAACACAACAACAACAGCAGCGACAACAGCAGCCUCCUGUAUUUUCCUUUCAAUUUAUUGUAGACAACGAAUAUCGCUUUAGACAUAUUUACUAUACCUCUAUACCCACAGAACAGACGGCGUUUACAAUCUACAUAGAUGAUACCACUGCCAACAAACAGAAGAAAGAUGAAGCGAACGUUUUGAAUGAAACUCCAUAUAACAACAACAACAACAACAACAACAACAACAACAACAACAAAGGCUUCUCAGGACAAGAAGGUGACGACGACGGUAACGCAUCUGCUAGAAGAAAAGAAGAAGAACAAAACGAGUUGUUCAUUCAGGACGUGAUAGAUUCUUUGAUUUUCUACAAAAAUAACUUUAUUCAAACCAUCAGAAAUACUAUUUUUAUCCGUAACUAACUUAAUGAUACAAUGCGCGAAUCUACUGUGGAA